AUUUUUAAAUUUUUAAAUUUUUUUUAUAUUUUUUCAUAUAUCUAGGGUAUUAGAGUUUUUUUACCUAUUAAAUGAAAUAUUUUGGUCAUUUUCCUUUUUGUAAUCUACUUUUGUGACCAAAAUUUGAAAAUGAUAUAUUUAGGAGAAUUGCUCGAAAAGAAACAUGUAUUAUUAUUAUUAUUCAUCAAAAAAUAACAAAAAAAUGUGGUUUCACUUAUUUGCGGAAACCCAAACAUUAUAGAUAGUCUCUCUCAGAGUAAAUUGAAUUUCGGUAGUUACAGCCAUAAUCCUUUUACCACUUCAUCAACUCGACGUUGGUAUUAUUAUUUCGUUUUAUUAUUAUUUCAUUUAAAAAUAACAACAAGUAUUAUUAUUUCGUUUUAUUAUACAGAUGAAUAAUCAUUUCUUUUUUUAAAAGACUGUGAAGAAGUCGUAGUCUCCCCUCGACUUUCCUAUAAAAACCGAUUCGACCACACAAAUUGUUCAAUCACCAAAAUCAUCAACACACAAAACUGUUUACAAGUUUAAACAAAAAAAUAUGGCCGGAGAAGGAGAAGUGAUCGCUUGCCACACCAUCGAAGUCUGGAACGAGCAGAUCAAAGCCGCCAACGACUCCAAGAAACUGGUCGUGAUAGACUUCACUGCUACAUGGUGCCCACCUUGCCGUUUCAUUGCACCAGUCUUUGUAGACAUGGCCAAGAAGUUCCUCAACGUCGUCUUCUUCAAGAUCGAUGUGGACGAAUUGCAAUCCGUUGCUAAAGAAUUCAAAGUGGAGGCAAUGCCCACUUUUCUCUUCAUGAGGGAAGGUGAGAUCGUGGACCGUGUUGUCGGCGCAAGGAAGGAGGAAAUCCAUCAGACAUUGAUGAAGCACGGUGGUGUUGCUUCUGCUUAAAGUUAUUGUUCUUUGGUGUUUUAUUAUGUAAUAAAAGUGAUGCAAAUUUGGUAUUUAUAAACUUAUCUUUGUUAUGAUCACAAUAAACAUGGAUUGAUAACUUAACAGCAGCAUGAGGAAUGCUGUUGUGUUAAUAAUAAUGAACACACAAGAUUGAGUU